AUGAACAGAUCACCAGGGGAGUUUCAAAGGUUUGCUAGGGUCUUUCAACAACAAAUUUCGAGAGCCCAACAGGCUGGCAGUGGACGAGGCCCACAAGCUCCAAAGGGAGCUUUUGCUGGGCUAGGUGGACUAAUAUUGCUCGGUGGUGGCGCUACCCUGCUCAAUGCCUCUCUCUUCAAUGUCGAUGGUGGCCACAGGGCUAUCAUCUAUUCGAGAUUGAGUGGAGUCCAAUCCCGUAUUUUCGCAGAAGGGACUCAUUUUGCCGUACCUUGGCUGGAGACGCCAAUAGUAUACGAUGUGCGUGCCAAACCUCGUAAUGUAGCAUCUCUCACAGGAACCAAGGAUCUGCAAAUGGUCAAUAUCACUUGCAGAGUGCUAUCAAGACCGGACGUCUCGCAACUGCCCACCAUGUACCGUACUUUGGGCCAGGAUUACGACGAGAGGGUUCUACCAAGUAUCGUCAACGAGGUUUUGAAAUCCGUCGUGGCGCAAUUCAAUGCCUCGCAGCUGAUCACUCAAAGAGAAAAAGUGUCUAGACUGAUUCGGGAGAAUUUGGUCCGUCGCGCCUCCAGAUUCAACUUACUACUGGACGACGUCUCCAUCACCUAUAUGACAUUUUCUCCUGAGUUCACGAACGCUGUCGAGGCCAAGCAAAUAGCCCAACAGGAUGCUCAGAGAGCUGCUUUUGUUGUAGACAAGGCCAGACAGGAAAAGCAGGGUAUGGUCGUCAAGGCUCAAGGUGAAGCCAAGUCUGCUGAACUGAUUGGUGAAGCCAUCAAGAAGUCCAAGGACUACGUUGAACUGAAGAGAUUGGACACUGCGCGCGAAAUCGCUUCCAUUUUGAGCCAGUCUCCCAACAGAGUCAUCCUCGAUAACGAGUCACUACUGCUCAACACCGCAGCCGACACGAGACACAAGAAAUGA